CUGCCUCAUGACUGGCUCUCCUCAGGUCACAGGAAGCUGGGAGCAGAACCCUGAAAGAACUUGAGUUCUUUCCUUAGAUGCUGAGCAUGCAGCAGGCAGAGGGAGAAUGAGAGGAGACAAGGACCUGGCUUCCCGUCUACAGUUUGUUCAGACAAGGCCAUGACUAGAGUGGGAUCUGCUAAAUGGGUACAGCAGAACAUUAGAAGAAGCACCUUUGAGCCAGUACUGCUGGGGUCUCUGGAUUAGAGCCAGGAGCCCUGGUGAGGCCUGUGGGUGGGGCUUCACUUGUGACCCUGAGAAGCCAACUCCACAUCUCCUUCCCUCUCACUCCUGAGCCCUGGGUGGUUCAGGGAGGCCACAGCCUUUCUGUGCCCUGACCUAUCCCAAAGUCACCUGUAUUCACAAGGUUGUGACCUUAGGGUCGCACUGCGGCAGCCUGGCGCUCGACAUGUGAAAGGGAACCUGUCAGGAUUACUGCGAGCUAACAGCAGGACAGGCUGGCCCCGGGGAGCGGGGACGGGCAGAGCAGCUGCUGAACCUGGGCCAGCAGUACCAGGAAGGAGACCUGGGCCCUGAUGGGGAGCUCAGCACACGCUCGCCUGACCCAGAUGGUAUUGGACACAGUGCCCCGCUGAACGGCAGCUGUUACCAACGCCAGAGGACCCCACAGCCACAGUAGGAGCUUUGCGACCCCUAUGCAACUGCAGCUGGGGCUGAGACCACGAGGAGAAGGGCCCAGCACCUCAUAUGGGAAGCAGUAGGGCAGGACCUACCACGAAAAGGACCUCGAUCUCUGCAGCGGAGUUUUCCAGCACUCACAGCCUUCCCGUUUUUCUCCUCUCAGGCCUGGGGUUUGGCUUCCCUCCUCUGGCAGAGGUUUUGGGCCAGGAGGACCAGCCGAGGUGGGACACGUGCAUGGAACCCAGGUCUCCUGAAGCCCAUGUGCUCUCUGUUGUGAUUGGAGUUCUAGGGCUUCCCCGCUGCCGGGGACGAGGGGCCGCCUCAUUGUCUGCUCAUGAACCACAAGGACCCCGACUGCUCCAGACUGGAUUAUUUCAAGCCGCCAAAGAGGGGGACCCCUAGAGCUGGCAGCCAGCAAUCCCAAGGGACUAGAGGGCUGCGAUGGACUGACCUCCCCCUCACCAGGGUGGCGGGAGAGGCAGAGCCUCUGUGGCCCAGCUAGUGACAGACCCGAUGAAGCCCUAAGCAGGGGCCCCACCUGACUCAGGGACAGGACAGCCACUCCUGCCAACGUGCGUUCUCCCCACAUUGAGGGAGAGCGUGGCAAGGGACCCCUGCCACUGUCCCCUGCUACAGCACGUGCCCCUAUGCCCUUUGCAUGUGGUGCCAGAAUAGACAGGCUACACUGUGGCUGGCCCCUCAGUGGGCUGGGAAAGGAGUGGCCACGGUGACCACCACCCACCUGCUGGCACCAUGAAGUGCUCCCUGCGGGUGUGGUUCCUCUCUGUGGCCUUCUUGCUGGUAUUCAUCAUGUCCCUACUCUUCACCUACUCGCACCACAGCAUGGCCACACUGCCCUACCUGGACUCGGGGGCCCUGGGUGGGACGCACCGGGUGAAGCUGGUGCCCGGCUAUGCCGGCCUGCAGCGCCUUAGCAAGGAGGGGCUCUCGGGCAAGAGCUGCACCUGUCGCCGCUGCAUGGGUGACACUGGCGCCUCCGACUGGUUUGACAGCCACUUUGAUGGCAACAUUUCCCCCGUCUGGACCCGAGAGAACAUGGAUCUUCCACCGGAUGUCCAGAGGUGGUGGAUGAUGCUGCAGCCCCAGUUCAAAUCACACAACACCAACGAGGUGCUGGAGAAGCUGUUCCAAAUAGUGCCCGGCGAGAACCCCUACCGCUUCCGGGACCCCCACCAGUGCCGGCGCUGUGCUGUGGUGGGGAACUCCGGCAACCUGCGGGGCUCUGGCUAUGGGCAGGACGUGGACGGACACAACUUCAUCAUGAGGAUGAAUCAGGCGCCAACCGUGGGCUUUGAGCAGGAUGUUGGCAGCCGAACCACCCACCAUUUCAUGUACCCUGAGAGUGCCAAGAACCUGCCCGCCAACGUCAGCUUCGUGCUGGUGCCCUUCAAGGCCCUGGACCUUCUGUGGAUUGCCAGCGCCCUGUCCACAGGGCAGAUCCGAUUCACCUAUGCCCCAGUGAAGUCCUUCCUUCGAGUGGAUAAAGAAAAGGUCCAGAUCUACAACCCAGCCUUCUUCAAGUAUAUCCAUGACCGGUGGACAGAGCAUCAUGGGCGGUACCCUUCCACGGGGAUGCUGGUGCUCUUCUUUGCCCUGCAUGUGUGUGAUGAGGUGAACGUGUACGGGUUCGGGGCCGACAGCCGGGGCAACUGGCACCACUACUGGGAGAACAACCGGUACGCGGGCGAGUUCCGGAAGACUGGCGUGCACGACGCGGACUUCGAGGCCCAUAUCAUCGAUAUGCUGGCCAAGGCCAGCAAGAUCGAAGUCUACCGGGGCAACUGAGCCGGGCCUCACCGCGACCCUCCCGGCCCAUCUGUUAGGUGCCGGCGCUCCGACCAGGGACCCGGGACCCGCAACCCAGGACCAAUCAUGCUGCAGCCCAGGGGGCGUCUGCUGUGCCCCGCCAAUCACGAGACACUGGGGACCGGCCGGGCCUGGCACUAAUCUGCGCUGCGGUCGGGCGGAGCUUCUGUUUCUCCCAGCCAAUCAUGCGACUCAAGGAGAACUUCUGGCGCUG